AUGGUCCGUGCACAAGUAAAAAUCCCAAAAUUUCCCAGCACAAGUGACAACUUUUCUCUGCACACAGGUGGUUAUUCGGAAUUCUGAAAAUACCGGAAAACGCCCUGUUUACAGGCGCAUCGCGUGACGGAGAGUUUUUUUUUUUUUUCCUUGACUUUUUAUCUCCGAUAAACCGGAAAAUCUUGUUUUGUUUUUCGAGAGGUGUGUUGUUUGUUGAUGCCACCAAACUCAACGGUUUUGGACAGAUCUCGGAAUUUGCCAGGUGGGAUUUUUUUUUUUUUUGAAAUAUUCGAAAUUGACGGAGAUAUACAGGGAAAAACUUGAUUUAAAGGGUCAACUUGUUUUGUUUUAUAUGCAAUAACUAACCGACCGAUUUCAAAAUAGAGUGCGGCAAACGAUUCCUCUCGACCAUCCCCAGGUGGGAAUUUCUUGGUUUUGCUGGGAAAAAUCUGGUUCUCGAGAUAUUCGCGUUGUUGUUGUUCCGCGCCAUGCGGUGACUUUUUUUUUUCCUGGGCGCACGCGGUGCCCAACAACUGCACACACGGCAACCCGAACAACACAAAACACGCACACAAGCACCAUGGGGAAGGCUAAGGGACGGGCAAAGAAGAAGAAAUUCGGAAAUCGCGGACCCGAUGGCAGGGCGGUUCCUAAAAAGCCGAAGCCGGCGCAGCAAAAUGAUAACUCAUCGCCCGGCUCUGGUGAUGCACCAGUCGACGGCGCGGAUUUGAUGGACGUGGAUGAAGAAGGGACGGCAGCGGCAAACGAGGACGCCAACGAUGAGGAGUGGUGCGAUGAGGAUUCCAGCGGUGCAAACGGCAGCAGUGGUGGAGGUCAGUCGAUACUGCGUUUUGCGCACCGGUCUGUAGCGUCCGCAGCAGCGCGCGCCGCAAGAAACGCGGCGAAAAAAAUCUCGCCGCCUGCACUGUCCAGGAGCCAAAAAUUCCGAAACAGAAAAAGGCUUCUCGGACAAGAAACGAAGGACAUGGCACGAUUCAUGGGAGCAUUCUUGCGGCGGGCGCAGCAGGAAAAGCAGCAACAGUCGGAGCAGGAAGAGGUGGAGAGCUCCUCUGUCGGUAACGAGGUUCGUCCUGUAGAGGAAUCGGCGGUGAAUUUAGAGAUUGCACCGCCUACUGGUCCCUCGAACGACGGCAGCGUGUGCGGACAUGUAGAGACCAGCAGUAGCUGUGGCAGUGUCGGCGACAUGCCCAUAACCACGGGUCACGGGCUUCUGAUAGAGGAGUGGUGUAGCGGUCAGGAGAUGAAGGACGCCGAAGAAGCGAUGGAUGACAUUUGCGAUACCUCAUCAGACGGGUUUCUUGACGGUUUGGAUUUCAGCAGCAGCAGCAGCCGCAGCAGCAGCCGCAGCGGCGGCGGCGGCGGCGGCGGCGGCGGCAGCAGCGGCGCCGAAAGGGGCGUCCCCCCCUGUCCUCUUGGCAAAGAGGCAGUAGACGUUGGGCAGGAGACGGGGGCGAACGAUGAGGUCGGCGACAAAAUGCGAACCACUGGAGUACCCGUCGUUGCGGACCUCCUCCCACCAGGGCCCUCCCGUCGAAGCAUCCGAGACGGCCGUUUCGGCGGUAGGUUUGCUGCACCCACCCGCCGAUACGACAACACGGCUGGAAACAACAAAGGUGGGACAGGGAGAGGCAACAAGGUUCUGGCGCCGGAAGAGGUCCACGACAGAUCAGGUGUCACUGCGAUGCAGCUUCAGACGAACAAGUCGCGGCGCGCCGUGCGAAGGGAGAGGGUGGCGCAGGAGGGCAAGAUAUGGACGCCUGCGGCGCUGGCUCGGGCAAGGGAUCGAACACGCAAGCACUGGUCGAGGCGUAAGGCAGAGCUCAUGGAAACCUAUCGCAACGCCUACGACGUGCUUCAGAAGGCUGAAGAGACCAACAACUACGGAUCAGUGGUGGAGGAUUCGACGACGAUGCUGGAUGAAGCACACCUGGUUCGCACCACCCGUGUCAUCCGCACCGUGAAGCAUUUCCUGUUUCUCGAGUGAGUGGGCGGGGAAUGUGUAGUGCUGUCUUCUCCUGUCUUGCAUCUUCGUUUGAACCAUUGGGCAUUGAUUGGAUCGGCGCUGCCGUUGAAGCACCAUUCGCGCUGCAUGUUCAUGCCGGUUAGAUAUUGCUGAGCGAUGGUGCUGUCUCAGAAGAGGAUACUCCGUUUACCACAUAUCCCCCCGCGAAA